AUGGUUCUGUUUUGUUUAGGAGGAAAUGAGCAUCGUUUGAACGGCUCUACUCUGUCUCCGAUCGAGGACAAAGCCUACCAGUUUUUUGGCGCCACAGUCAAAUCGAACAACAAACACGACAAACUAUUGAUGUGCGCUCCAAAGUAUAAAUACUUUUUCUCCAAAUUCGAGGUAAUUGAACCUGUGGGCUCGUGCUUUUUUGCCGAGAAUGGUUUCGAGAAAACUCAGGAAUUUUCGCCAUGUCGUCAAGAACCUGCUCGCCAUGGUCGUCAUCGGUUUGGUUAUGGGCAAUGUGGUUUUUCAGCGGCUCUUCCUGAUAGAUACACGAAAGCAGACGAACGAGCUUUCAUCGGAGCUCCUGGUGUUUGGUACUGGCAAGGAGCAGUGUUCAGUCAAAACAUCAGAAACCUGACUGAUCGGCCUAAUACUGAAUAUGGUGGCAAAGAAUACGACCACGACAUGAUGGGUUAUGCAACUGCGAGCGGAGACCUCGAUGGCGACGGAGUCGACGAUAUUGUUGCCGGUGUGCCACGAGGCAAUGAAUUGGCUGGCAAGCUAGUCCUCUACACCUCGAAACUGAAGAUGUUAGUGAAUUUGACCGACCCAUCCUCUUCACAACAGGGACAGUACUGUGGCAGUAGUCUGGCAGUAACCGAUCUCAACAAAGAUGGGCGUGACGACAUCAUCAUGGGAUGCCCCUUCUACACCGAUUACGUCACUGUGAAAGAUGUUAAAACACAAGAGAGGAAGCCGCAGUACGACGUCGGAAAGGUGGUCGUCUUUUUCCAGACAGCUCCGGUGAGUCUUCCUCGAAUAUAG